AGUACAUUUGACUCCGGCGAAUCAGACCCGGAGUGUGAAAAACUGGGUGGGGGCAGAGAUAGACCUUCGGGCAGACUGCACGGGUUGAGUGCGUAUCCUAGGAACAUGGCCGAUGGUUAUGUUGGUGCUUAACUAGAUGAGACAGUCAAAACUGUUUUGUUACAUGAGAAGGUACAAGAAAAAGGAGUUCAAACUUGGCAAGGUGGUUAGUUAGCUACCGACCGUCGAUCGAGCAGAGGGGGUGUUGCUGGCUGGGGAAAAGGAAAACAACAUGGCGGCCUUGGAGCUCGAAUGGAUCCCAGAGACACUGUACAACACUGCUAUAUCAGCAGUGGUGGACAAUUACAGUCGAUCGCGAAGAGAUAUUCGUUCCCUCCCUGAAAAUAUUCAAUUUGAUGUGUAUUACAAGCUGUACCAGCAGGGUCGGCUCUGCCAGCUGGGAGGGGAGUUCUGUGAGCUGGAGGUGUUUGCCAAAGUUCUAAGGGCAUCUGACAAAAGACACCUCCUGCACCACUGCUUCCAGGCCCUGAUGGAUCAUGGGGUGAAAGUGGCUUCUGUCCUGGCCAACUCCUUCAGCCGCCGCUGCUCCUACAUCGCAGAGUCUGAUGCCCAUGUGAAAGAGAAGGCCAUUCAGUUUGGCUUUGUUUUAGGUGGCUUUCUGUCUGACGCAGGCUGGUAUGGUGAUGCAGAGAAGGUGUUUCUGUCGUGUCUGCAGCUGUGCACACUGCAUGACGAGGUUCUGCACUGGUACCGUGCUGUGGAGUGCUGUGUCAGGUUGCUUCAUGUCAGGAAUGGCAACUGCAAGUACCACCUUGGUGAAGAGACUGUCAAGUUGGCCCAGUUGUACAUGGACAAAUUGGCCAAACAUGGUCAUCAGGCCAACAAAGCUGCACUCUAUGGAGAGCUGUGUGCUCUGCUCUUUGCUAAGAGCCACUAUGAUGAGGCCUACAGGUGGUGCAUCGAGGCAAUGAAAGAGAUCACAGUGGGUUUGCCUGUUAAAGUCGUGGUAGAUGUUCUAAGGCAGGCCUCCAAGGCCUGUGUGGUAAAGAGGGAGUUCAGGAAGGCAGAGCAGCUGAUAAAGCAUGCUGUUUUCCUGGCACGUGAACAUUUUGGACACAAGCAUCCCAAAUAUUCAGACACUCUCCUUGAUUAUGGGUUUUAUUUGCUGAAUGUGGAUAACAUCUGCCAAUCAGUUGCAAUAUACCAGACGGCUCUAGAUAUCCGGCAGUCGGUUUUCGGGGGAAAGAAUAUCCAUGUGGCAACAGCACAUGAGGACCUGGCAUACUCCUCAUAUGUCCAUCUGUACAGCUCUGGCAAAUUUGACAACGCACUAUUCCACGCAGAGAGGGCCAUAGACAUAAUCACUCACAUUCUCCCGGAGGAUCAUCUGCUGCUGGCCUCCUCCAAAAGAGUCAAGGCUCUGAUCCUGGAGGAGAUUGCUAUUGACUGCCACAACAAGGAAACAGAGGAGAGGCUGCUCCAGGAUGCCCAUGACCUCCACCUCUCCUCCCUCCAGCUGGCCAAGAAAGCCUUCGGGGAGUUUAAUGUUCAGACAGCGAAACACUAUGGCAACCUGGGCCGCCUCUACCAAUCCAUGAGGAAGUUCAAGGAGGCAGAGGAGAUGCACAUCAAGGCCAUCCAGAUCAAGGAGCAGCUUCUGGGUCAGGAGGACUAUGAGGUGGCUCUGUCUGUGGGCCACCUGGCCUCUCUCUACAACUACGACAUGAACCAGUAUGAAGAUGCUGAGAGGCUCUACCUGCGCUCCAUCGCUAUCGGUAAGAAGCUGUUUGGCGAGGGCUACAGUGGACUGGAAUACGACUACAGGGGCCUAAUUAAACUGUACAACUCUGUCGGGAACUAUGAGAAAGUCUUUGAGUACCACAAUAUUUUAUCCAAUUGGAACCGGCUGAGGGACCGGCAGUUUGCUGUGGCUGAUGCCCUGGAGGACGUCAACACCAGCCCCCAGGCCACAGAGGAGGUGGUGCAGUCCUUCCUACUGUCACAGAACCAUGGGGCCGGCCCACCUGCUUAGGCUCCCUACACAGACACAUGCACACACAUGCCCACACGCAGAUAGAAACGCUAAGGUGUUCACAGCUCACUUAAAUCUAUUGAACACACCCUCUCUCCACAGCAAGUUACAGGGUUGGCCUUGCAAUGGGACACCUGGCUUAAGGGAAAUGCACUAUGGCCUGUGGAAUGAAUCUGAUCCAGUCUUUUUGUCAUUCUCCUGUGAUCAACCCGGCAUAGAACAUUUGAUGGAAGGAAUCACUUGCCAUGCACUUUGCAUUACCUAACACCGCUUUCAUCACCUUCAGUCUUCUGUAAGAGGAAUUGAGACAAGGGGGGAAAA